AUGCUUCCCCUCUCUUCGCGUUUCAUGAAGUGUGGAGUGACACCCCUCCGCGUUUUUCGUGGUAUGGUUGAUGUACCGAUACCCUACCGAAUCACUCGAUCGCCAGUAUCUAAAAAGCUUAUCACUGCUACCUCCAUGACUCCUCAGUCCUUUUUCAGUCGUCAGCUUCACAUCCAUGUUCAGGUGGAUCCAGACACGAAGAAUCAAUCCCUAGAUAAAGCAACGGAUGCUAUGAUAAUUCGUCGAUUGUUUGGUUACAUCUGGCCUGCUGACAAUCCUUCCAUUCGUUAUCGUGUGGUUACUGCAUUUGGUCUGCUAUUGGCUGCUAAAUUGGCCAAUGUUGCUGUCCCUUUCAUCUUCAAGUACGGAGUUGAUGUUAUUUCCGGUGAUGCGCCAAUUCUCCUAUCUAGCUGUUCUCCUACAACUAUGGCAAUCACCACCAUGCUCACUUGCAAUUCUAGGCACGUAUUUUGCGUCUUUAACACUGAUCUUUAUGGUGCUGUGCGUGCAGCUGCUUCCGGUUUAAACGAGCUUCGCAAUGCCGUUUUUGCGAAAGCUGCUCAUUCGUCCAUUCGGAAGGUUGGCGCGGCCGUUUUCAGCCACGUUCUUUCCCUUGAUCUUGCCUAUCACCUCGACAGACGGACGGGCGCCAUUGGUAAAGCAAUAGAUCGAGGUGCACGCGCUAUCCAAUUCGUUCUCAUAGCUCUUGUCUUCAAUCUCCUCCCAACUCUUUUGGAAGUUAGUUUGGUGACUGCCAUCCUCUUCCACAAGUAUGGUUUCGGGUGCAGUACAAUUGCUCUCCUCUGCAUAAGUGUAUACACAGCUUUCACCUUGGCUGUGACUCGUUGGCGAACAGAGUUUCGACGUGAGAUGAACAAGGCCGACAGUCUAGCGGGGAGUCAUGCUACUGAUGCUAUGAUAAAUUAUGAGACAAUUAAGUACUUUGGAAACGAGGCGCACGAAAGCGGUCUCUACGACGAGCUACAGCGCCAGUUUGAGCGUGCUAGCAUCAAGACUUCAACGAGUCUAGCUGCUCUCAAUUUCGGCCAGGUGGCCAUCUUCUCCGCCGGUCUGGCUGCUACGAUGGCCGUGGUGGCAGGUCAAAUCGACCCUUCCGCCAUCGCCACUGCUGCUGCCACUACCACUGCAGCCACUUCUGGUCUCACUGUUGGUGAUCUGGUACUGGUUAAUGGUCUUUUGUUUCAACUCUCUGUACCUCUCAACUUCCUUGGCAGCGUUUAUCGCGAGAUCCGUCAGUCUCUUGUCGACAUGGCUACUAUGUUCAGGCUCUUGGAGAUUAAACCGAAAGUUUGGUCUCUGCCAGGCGCUCCAGCGUUAAAUGUGACCAAAGAUACUGCGAGCAUCGAAUUUCGUGAUGUCUGCUUCUCCUACCAGAAGGGUGCAUACUUUCCUAUGAAAAUCUGCAAUAACCUCUCAUUUAAGGUGGAGCCAGGUCAGCGAGUGGCAGUUGUGGGGGAGAGCGGUAGUGGCAAGUCGACUCUUGUGCGCCUACUUUACCGAUUCUACGACGUCGACGCUGGCUCAAUCUUCAUCGGAGGUCAGGACAUCCAAUCUGUGGACCUGGCGAGCCUCCGCAAGUCCAUUGCCGUCAUUCCUCAGGAUACUGUACUCUUCCACAACACAAUUUUCUACAACCUUAAAUACGGGAACCUCGAUGCCACUGACGACGAGGUAUACGAAGCAGCAAGGCUUGCAGAUUUGGAGCAGGCCAUCCAACGCAUGCCCUCGCGUUAUGAAACACAGGUCGGUGAACGUGGUCUAAAGCUCUCGGGCGGUGAGAAGCAGCGUGUCGCAAUAGCCAGAGCCCUACUAAAGAAAGCUCCCAUCCUUAUCUAUGAUGAGGCGACCUCCUCUCUCGAUACCAUUACCGAAGGAACGAUUCUCCGACGUCUAGCAAGAGCCACUCCCGGAAUAACUUCCAUUGUGAUUGCGCACCGUCUGAGUACGAUUGUUGACGCCGAUCGGAUAAUUGUCCUUCGCAGAGGAAGUGUAUUUGAGGAGGGGACACACAAAAGCCUUCUGGACAUACCUGACUCCUAUUAUUCCCACCUAUGGUAUCAGCAAAUGGCUAGCAAAUCCGAUGAUGGCAACAUCCGGAGCUAA